AUGCUGCUGGCUAUGGUCAAAGAUGACUGGGAAUACCCGUCAACAACAGUCAAAGACAACAAUGGCAUACCACGCCGAGAACCACUGGGCUACCGACUGCGCGAUGAGUCUCUCUCCGACAUUGAUGCCGAAGAGAGGGCAGCGGUCAAGCACCGCGCAAAAGCGGAUCCGUACAGAUUCGAGAAUCCCGAUGCCGUGGGCAACCUGAUCGCCGAGCGCAAGCGCAAACGGCGGAAGGUUGUUGAAGAAGAAUUGAAAUGGAACGAAGGUCUAAAGACAUGGACGAAUCGCCGCGACGCCUGGACGGGAGCCGUCAAGCAGAAACCUUCCGAACCGGCGCGGCCGGCACCCAAGAAAAAGACAGACCGUCCUUCGGGGAUCUUUCGUCGCCAUACAUCGCACUCGUCAGGGAGCUGGCCGGCCAGUCCGACCAUGCCGACCCCCGAAUCCAGCUCGAUCGAGAGUGUCGACGAGGGAGUCGAGAAACCAGACGGACCCUGGCUGCCGAUAUUCCAACCGAUCAUGCCGUCCGAUGAUGUGAUUCGCGACCGCAUCAAGCCGCAGGCCUACCCGACCAUCUACAGUAAGAUUGUGGUGCAAGGGCUAGCACCCAACGUGCCCAUCCCGCUCAAGCACAUGAUCCCAGCACUUGUCGAGGGCUGGAAAUCAGAAGGCAAUUGGCCGCCGCAGCCUGCCUCCAUGGCGCCGCAGGAUCUUAAGAAAGGCCGUAGAUCGUCUACGUUUGCAAAGUGGAGGAAGGAACACCAUCAUGACUCCCGUGCUGCGGAGCAUGUUCAUGGCGGCGAGGAUGGGCGGUCCAGGGUGCGGAGGAGUAUCAGUAUGAUGAAGCGGGUGAUGGGUGUGGGUCCGGGCGAGGAGGAAUUGGAUGAUCUGGGCAUCGAGUUCCGUGAACAGGAUGAGGAUGAGAUGGCGAAGAACGUCACACUUAAUAAGGGGCUCUUGGAGCAAUAA